AUGAUCAAUCAAGUGUUCCACAAUCAGUUGUUGUGCCGAUACAUUCUCCAACAUGUCAGUGGCAUAUAUAGUCGGUUGAACAAGUCAACGAUCAAAGGAGGAGUGUUGCACUCCAGUGGUGAUCUGAUGAUGAUGCUCAAGUUCAAUGCCAUAUCGAUGUUCAUUGAAUCAUUCGACAGUGUUGCCAACAACUACCCUUACAACACAACAUUGUUGAAGAAGUGUGCCGCCCAAUACAACAACACCAGAGCAUUCAAUCAUCUGAUCAAACAUCCAAACAUCAUCAUCGAUCAGACCGUGUUCAAGUUGGAACAUGUCUGUCAACAUGGCAACAUUGACAUUCUUCAAUCAUACAUCGAUGCCACAUCAUGUUACUCAACACACUGCAUAGACUUUGUUGAAUGCAUUCCUCUUGCAAUCGACAAUGGCAACGAACACUUUGUUCGUCUGUUGCUCCAACGCCUCUCAGUGCGAGGUAGUGUUCCUCGAGACAAUACUGAAAUCAGUGAAGGAGAUAACUCUGAUAAUGAGAGGUACGACGAAGCGAUUAAACGUCUCAAUAAGUACAAGUUCAAGUGUCAUGGUAUCAGCAUUGAUGUGCUCCGUGUGCUUAACGAGGAGUUCAGCUGCCUGUUCGUGUUUGGCAACAUAUGGAGCGAUGUCCUCGCUCGCUCAGCCAAGUUCGACAUGGUCGACAGUGUCCAAUACAUCUUGAGCAACCUCGGGCAGAGAAUGAAGAAUGUUCAUCCCUACUACUUUGGCCCAUUCAUGAAACAGGUUGCCAAGGCCGGCAACGUUGAGCUCUUUCGCAUGUUCACUGAGUGCCAUCACUGCGAUGCGUAUUUCAGGGCGAGCAACGUCAAAGACAUCAUCAUCAAGAUGGCCGCAGAGUAUGGGCAAGAGGCAUUGGUCCUUCAGCUCUACGACCUGUGCAUUGUCAGGGGUGUGUACCCGAUGCCCGAGAGUGCCUUCGCUCCCUAUUUGGAGGGCCCUCCACAUGCCAAGCGUCUUCGCAUCACACCACUGGCAGCCAUUCUCAACGAUGACCUUAUGUAUAUUGAUGCAAUGCUGUCCAGCAUCAAUUCGCUCGAUCUCAAGAUGUGUCGGAGCAUGUCCACCUCGAUAGCGAUGCUGAUCACCAGCCAGCGAUCGCCCGCACCGGUGUUUGAUGGUCAAUCACUCUCAAACAUGGUGUUGGCCAUUAACAAGCCUGGCAGCAACAUCACCGUUGACUUGGCAUGCAAGUUCAUCGAUCACUGCACAUUCAACGAACAUGACGAAUUCAAGGUAUGGAUUGCCAAGAAGUCUGCGUUGGAGGAGGCGGCAGGCUUCUCUGCCGCUUUGAUGGCAAGGAUAUACAGGCUGCUCAAUGACUUUUAUGAUGAAGGCCUGUUCAUGGCCAAGGCAUUGGCGAGCAGGUGUCGCGAGACUAUAGAAUACGGAACAAAGAACAAGCUCAAAUUGGUCAAGCUAGACGCAUUCAAGUUCUUUGAGAAGGCAUCGAUGGAUGAUGUACGCUUUGUGUCCAAACUCCUGGACUCCAAAAUUAUGACGGAUCCUGUGAUCUGUGAGUGGGCCGUACUUAAUCAAUCAUCAGAGGUGUUUGAGUACAUCAUCAAUCUGUUCACAAUGGAUGAGUUGAAGACCAAUCUACAGGAUAUUGUGGAGUUUGCUAUGAUAUAUGGCAAUCCUCAACACAUUCAAUCACUUCAACGUCACUUUGGGGUCCAACAUGAUCUCUAUAUUGGGCUAAGUCUUGAGACACUUGAGAGCAUAGUCUCUGACAAUCACUAUUCAUCACUGGAAUUCCACUUCAACUCAACAGCAUUCAACAAACAAACAAACAAACAUCAAUUGAGAACACUCCACAGCAUCCUCAACAAAGCAUAUCAAGUUGGAUCAACUCGAUUGAUGAAACUGUGCAUCAAUCACAUCGACUCACUCAAUCAACCGGAUGAAAGUAAUGAAGGUGACGAGGAAGAUUAUGAAGAAGAAGAUGCAGAAUAUGAUGAUGAUGAUGACAAUGAUGAUGAGGACUGUGACCAUCCAGUUCCAGAGUUGGAUCAAGCGUUCCACUUGGUGAUUGGUGAUGCCAGGUUAGCAACAAUGAUCAUGCGACAGAUUGGAAUGAUUCACUCAUCAUUGGGCAUUGAUUUGGACAGAUUGAUCAAAGGAUCAACAUUAUUGGCCAACAACAAUCUUCUUCAUUACAUCAGGUUUGGUGCCACUGAAUACUUCAUCAAAUCAUACUACACCAUCAAAGAUCAAUAUCAAUACCCUCACAACACAACAUUGUUAUCAGAGGCAUUUGCCAAUUGUAACACACGUGCAUUGGUUGCACUGCUUGACAACCCCAACAUGUCCCUUCCUACGGAUCGUGUGGCAUUGGAGAACAUCCUCCGAGGCAUAUCCAGAUGCCCACCUCCUUAUUGGGAGUGGAUAUUUGAACAAUACCUAAAGAUCGUCUGGCCGACUGACACUCCAUUUGUGAUGACCGAGGACUUCUUCCUUUCGGUACACCAUGUUGCAUUCCUUCAAAAGCUCAUUCAGAUGGGCUUCAGUCUCGAUCGAACCGACGACUACAAAAUCAUUUACGAUCGGUUGGCCAAUAGUUGGUUCACCAAACCGUGGGCAUUGGAAACCGUACAGUUCUUGCAUGAUCACUCACUUCUAGAAAAGUCGUUUCAGAAAGGCUUGUUGUACAGGGCGAUCGAACAUAACGUCCUGGAUGUCUUUGGCCACAUCAUCAGCAUCAAUCCAGAGUUUCAACAAUUGGAUGCUUGGAUUGAUUUGAAGCGAGGACUGUUGGAUCAUUGUUGCAAGUUUGGACGUGCCAACCAUCUGGACAUAUUCCUUGCAUUGCCAUUCAAUGAUAUAAUCACCAGAGGAGUGUUUUUGAUCGAGGCGGUGUCCGGUGGACACUUGGACAUUGUGAGGCGUCUGGUCCAUGACAUUGGAUUAACUAAUCCAGGCCGUAUCGCCAACAAGAUUUUUGAGGCCAUCCCAUUUGCAUUGAAUCAUGGACACUUGGAUAUAUUCGAUUACCUCAUCUCAUUGGAAUAUCAACGACCACAACCCCGACGUGUAAAAACAGCAAUGGCCAACAAAUCAAUGAUCAUUGAGGUCGAUAGCAUCAGUGACAACAUCAUAUCAAUUGAGUUGAUUGAGAGGUUGAAAUCAUGUGGACCAUACACCAUCAAACUCAAUAGUUAUAGAAUUAGCAAGCAUGCUUUGGAUCGAGCAAUGACCGUUGGCUAUGUGUCCAUGGCCAGGACAUUGUUGGACAUGUAUCCGCACGUGGCAUUGGACAAAUCACACCACUUAACGUACGUCCCUGAAUUGAUCAAGAGUAUUGGGACACCUGGUAGCCAGGCGACUGAAGACACCAUCUCAGAGUUUUACCUCAAACUUAAAGAUAGUGUAGGAUCAACACUUCGCGACAUGAUGUUGGGUGCUGCCACCAAGUCCUUGUCAAUGAUCCAGUGGGUCAUCACUCACUUCACAUCAGCCCAAUACAAUGAAUCAGUUGAUAGGCUUACUUGCUCGGACUUCCAAUACACGAUUGAUCGAUGUGCCAAGAGAUGCGAUGUCCAAGCCAUUGACUAUUUGAUCGAUCUGGCAAUUGGUGUUUGUAAGAGAACAGACGCAGUGUAUGGCUGGGAUCAACAAAGGAUACAAGACAUCAUCUCAUUGGACGAGAUCAACAACACAACAGUGUUGACAUAUCUCUUGGACAAAGGAUACAUGAGUGUCGAUAAUGUCAAGUCCAGUGCAUUGCCAAUCAUUGUCAACAAGGUCUGUGUUGAAGGCGACGUGGACAUUCUCCGCAUGAUACAUCAACGAUGUGUGACAGCAUCACAACUCCAGAGACAUCUGCCUUCAAUGUCCAGCAUCCAGAAUGCUGUCAUCAACAACCAUCACAAAUUGAUCACUUAUAUGUUUGAAGGUGAUAGUACCCAUGAUGGAUCUGGAUCAUCACUCUCACCUUAUGUUCGAGCAAAGGUAGACCAGAUGAACAUUACCAAGCUGCUCAGAACAGUUCGCCAUCAUGCCUUUGUCAAUGGAUGUUUGAACAUCAUCAACAUGUGUGAUCGUUUGAUCUAA